AUCUGCAGGAUUUUUAUAUAUUUGUAGUGGAUGAGAAGGAAUACAAAGGAAACUAAUCCUAAUGUUGGACGGAUUAGGAUUAAGACGCACUAAAUGGAAGCGAUUAAGCCUGAAUACCAAUGUUACAGCAAUUCUGCAGUGCCCACCUUGCCAUGAAAUUUCUCCAACUCGCAGCUAUGAACAAUCCAGCAGCGGCAGCGUUAGAGAAGAAGAAAAAGGUAUCCUUAAUGGAAAUAUUGAUCCCAACUCCAAAGUCAAGAAGCCAGCGUAUGGCAGUCACAGAAAAAUCAUGUGCCUAAGGUGCCGACAAGCAAUCUUAAUAACAGGAAACAUCAUCGAAAACAUCGUAUGCCCAGCAUGCCAGAAUCAGAAUAGGCUUCAGUAUUGCCUCCAGAAAAACUCUGUCAUCGCCUUCACAGACUUCUAUCUUGCGUAGACUACGUACGAACGACUGUUGGGUCUGGAUUUUGUUUUGUACAGUAUCAAAUCAGUGUUUAUAUUGGAUUGCGUCGUGAUAAAUCUAUGUCUCUGUUGGGUUUUUUUUAUGUAGUACCCAAUCUCUGUUUCUUAGCCUUUGUUCUUUGUUUAAAUUGCAUCAAGUUGUCCUGAUAAGAUCAAUGUUUUACAAGCUCCAGAAAUCAAGCAUGUUAACCUGUAUCUGUUGGCGUUGUGUUGAAGCUAGAAUACACUGAGUGCAAUAGAAAAGUUCUUAUGGGUUGGUUUAUGUUGUGAUUUCAUUCAGGCUAGCUUGCACCUCCCUACUGUUCUAUUUCUCCGGCUAUAGCUUGUGGAAACUUGAAACCGGAUUUCUUCAACUUGGGUUACAAGGUUCUUUUUUAACUUUCUUUUUUUAUAUAUAUG